AUGUCAAGACAAGCAACAAGACUUGUGUCUUCUUUGUCGUCAAAGAUUCCAUCUUUUUCCUCUUUAAAAUGUCGCUCUUUCACUGCGGCUGCUCCUAAGAUGGGAAUGGUUCCGACACAAAAUGAGGUGAGACCUAAGAAGGCUAAAACAAAAGCUCCUGCUCGAAUUAAGACUGGUAGUCUGGAUUUAGGGGAUGAUUUCAGGAAAGGAAAAACAAAGAACAUAUCUCCUUUGCCCCAUUGUGACUACUGCUCUUAUGAUUUUAUGCAACUGAAACAGGAAAGCGGAACUAAAAUGCCUACCGUCGCAUCUUCAGCUGGACUGACUGCUGGAGGACGCCGAGAAGAAAGACCACCAAAAGCAAUGACUACCAAGAUAUGCGUAGCGAUUCGAUCAUUUGAAAACCUAGUUCCUGGAAACACUAUUUCUGGGCUUCCAGCUGACACACGAAAGAUUAGAUUGCCUGAAUCACGAGUCUUGUAUACUGUGUUACGAUCACCUCAUGUUGAUAAAAAGUCCAGAGAACAAUUUGAAAUGCGAAUAAAGAAGCAAUUUUUGGUCAUGAAAACACAAAGCCAUGAAUUGAGCAAGAAGUAUUUUUGGUUAAAACGCCAGCGCAUAUUUGGAGCUCAAUAUGAAAUUCAGUUUCAUUGCAAAACCCGUUUGGAUAAGGAGAAACUCCAGAAAUUAUUGCUCGGAAGAUUGGACCCUUCAGGUUCCGGAGGACUCUUCAAAUCCCCAACCCCAAUGAAUGCUCGUUACCUGUCGCAUGCCGUAACGGGCAAACCAACUCUCCGUUUAUACGAAAAUAGUGAAACAAUUUACGAAGAGAGGAAGCGGCAGAAACCGACGAAUUCGGCGGCAGGGGUGGUGGAGGAAAAGGUGGAGAAUGGUGGGUCAGAGGAGGAAGUGAAGGAGAGUGGGGGAUUAGGUCAAAGUAGUGAACUUGGCGAAGGGAAAGUGGAGGAAAGUUGUGAUAUUAAUGAAGGAAAGGGGGUGUCAAAGAAGAGGAAGAGGCAGAGGAAAGUAAAGGAGAGUGGGGGUGGAGCUAGGGAAGAGGAAAGGGAAAAUAAUGGUGUGGAGAAUGAGGGAGAAGGUGAUUUCAAGGAGAAUGUGAAAAAGAGUAGAAAGAAAAGGAAUCAAAAGAAGAAAGAAUGUGAUAGUGAGGAGGAGAAGGUGAAAAAAGAUAAUGGAAAAGAGGACGAUGGAAAGGGGUUUUUUGCAACUGUGAAAGGGAAUAAAAGGGCGAAGCAUGUUGGAAAUGAAGUGGUGGAGAGUGGGCGAGAGGAUGAAUUAGGUGAGAAAAGUGAAGUGGGGUUUAUGAAGAAAGAAGACAGAGGGGUAGCUGGAAAUAAGAAGGGGAAGUCCAGGAAGUCAAAACAGGAGGUGAAUACUGAGGAGGAAAUGAAAGACGUAGAAAAUGGAAACGAAGGAAAAUUGGAUGGGAAAAGGGAAGAGAAAGGGGCAAAGAAGAGGAGGAAGAAGGGACGUAAAUUCAGGAAUCAGGAGGUGGAUAAUGAGGAAGGGAAAGAGAUUGGAGAAGUGGGUGUUGAAGGAAAGGAAAAGAGUGGAAAGAAAAGGAAUGAAAAGAAGAAAGAAUGUGAUAGUGAGGAGGAGAAGGUGAAAGAAGAUAAUGGAGAAGAGGGAGAUGGAAAGGGGUUUUUUCCAACUGUGAAAGGGAAGAAAUGGGCGAAGCUUGUUGAAAAUGAAGUGGUGGAGAGUGGGCGAGAAGAUGAAUUAGGUGAGCAAAGUGAAGUGGGGUUUAUGAAGAAAGAAGACAGAGGGGCAGCUGGAAAUAAGGAGGGGAAGUCUAGUAAGUCAAAACAGGAGGUGAAUACUGAGGAAGGAAAGAAAGAGGUAGAAAAUGGAAACGAAGGAAAAUUGGAUGGGAAAAGGGAAGAGAAAGGGGCAAAGAAGAGGAGGAAGAAGGGACGUAAAUUCAGGAAUCAGGAGGUGGAUAAUGAGGAAGGAAAAGAGAUUGGAGAAGUGGGUGUUGAAGGAAAGGAAAAGGUGAAAUUUAUUGAGAACGAGGAAGAAGGUGAUGAGAAUAAGGAAACUGAAGGGGCUGCUAAAAAGAAAAGCCAGAAGAAGGAAACUGAGUUGAGAAAUGAGGAGGUGGAGAGCAAGGAAAAGAAAGAGAGUGUUUAUGAUGUGGAAUGUAAUGUAGCUCCAUUAAAGAAGAGGCUGAGGAGAACUGAUAAAAAGGUGAACUAUGCUGAGAACGAUGUUGCACUAGAUAAGUUAGUGUUUGAGGAGAAACGAAGGAAGAUUAGGAAGAAGAAUGUGGUAUCAUCGAGCAGGAAGAAGAAUGGAGUCUCUAAAAGUAAUGCAUUGGAAAGUGAAAAAAAUGGUCAAAAUGGAGAUGUCAAUAGUGGGAAAAAGAAAGUUGGUCGAAAAGGUAAAACGGUGAAGCAGGAAGAGGAGAAUAUUGAAGGAGAAGAGAAGGAAGAGAGUGGUGAAGAAGGAGAAGGAGAUUGUUUGAUGAUGAGCUCGAGGACAGAUUAUGGGCUCAGGACUCGGAAAGAGCAAGUUGGGCAGGGCAGCAAAUCCAAGCGCACUAAUUAUACUGAGGAGGAGUGCUUAAUGUGUCAUCAAUGCCAGAGAAAUGACAAGGGUCGUGUUGUUAGGUAUCCUAAGAUGACAGAGGAUGAUAUUGCCAAUGCUUGUCCAGUCUGUCUUGGAAAUUGCAACUGUAAAUCUUGUUUGCGUCUAGAUGCGCCAAUAAGGGACCUGAAAAAUUUAAACCUGGAAGUAAGCAAAGAAGAAGAAGUGCAGUGCUCUAAGUUUUUACUUCGCACACUUCUUCCAUUUCUGAAGCAGUUAGAUGAAGAACAAAUGAUGGAGAGAAAGAUUGAGUCUAGGAUAAAAGGUGUACCACUUGCAGACUUACAGGUAGAAAAUGCUGGAUGCCCUGCAGAUGAGCGCAUGUUCUGUGAUAAUUGCAGAACUUCUAUUUUUGAUUAUCACAGAAGUUGCUCAAAGUGCUUUUCUGAUCUUUGUCUUGUCUGUUGCCGGGAGAUCCGUGGUGGACACUUGCAAGGUGGUGGGCCAGGCGUGGUUAUGGAAUACGUUAACAGAGGACCUGAAUACUGCCAUGGUGAAGAAGGGAAAAUAAAAGAUGAAUCACCAGCUGAUUUCUCUGAAGAGACUGGAUCUGAGGAUUUAAUUGGGCAAAAGUCUGGAUGGAAAGCAAAAGAAGAUGGAAGCAUUUAUUGUGCUUGUGGUAGUGGCAAUCUAGAACUAAAAUGUUUGUUCCCAAACAAAAAAGUUGGUUUUGCAGUUUCAAUUUCGGAAUUGGCAAAGAAAGCUGAACAUAUGUCUCAAAAGUGUGAAAUUGACUCUACUAAUGCUCCUGUUGAACUAUGUGCAUGUUUUAAUUCCAAUGGUGACCUUGAUAUUACUAACAGUAACAACCUAUUAAAAGCAGCAUCUCGUGAAGAUUCUAAUGAUAACUAUUUGUUCUGUCCGAAUGCCAAAGAGAUUAAAGAGGAUGACUUAAAGCAUUUUCAGCACCAUUGGAAGAGAGCUCAGCCUGUGAUUGUUAGCAAUGUGCUUGAAACUGCAUCUGGGUUAAGUUGGGAACCAAUGGUCAUGUGGCGUGCUUUCCGCCAGAUAAAAAAUGAAAAGCAUGAUACACUUUUGAAUGUAAAGACAAUUGAGUGUUUGGAUUUAUGUGAGGUAGAUGUUAAUGUCCAUCAUUUCUUCAUGGGAUAUACAGAGGGAAGGUUUUAUGACAACAAGUGGCCUAAGAUACUGAAGCUCAAAGAUUGGCCCCCAUCUAAAACAUUUGGUGAAAGUUUGCCACGACAUGAUGCUGAAUUUACCUGUUGUUUGCCCUUUAAGGAGUAUACACAUCCUCACAUUGGACCUUUAAACCUUGCUAUCAGAUUGCCUAAGGGUUCCUUGAAGCCAGAUAUGGGGCCAAAGACGUAUAUUGCCUAUGGAUUUCCUGAAGAGCUUGGGCGUGGAGAUUCGGUAACCAAGCUUCACUGUGACAUGUCUGAUGCGGGUAAUUGUCCUGUGCAACUAUGUUAUGAUAUGCAAAGUGUUAAAAUACUUAGAAAUUUGGAAAUUUCCUCAUCAGCAGUGAAUCUUGCUAUUAUGGUGUCCAUAUGUGUUGUUAACAUCUUGAUGCAUACUACUGAUGUGUCCACUCAACCUGAUUUUAAGGAAAUGCAAAAAUUGAAGCUAAAGCACAUUGAACAAGACCGAAGAGAACUUUUUGGAAAUAAGCAGAAUUCAGAUGAAGUUGAUAACCUGCAUGGUGUUGAUUCUGGUAGGUCUCCUACUGAUGAUAAUGGUUUAUCUGGGAAGUUUGGCCAGGAGGCAGGAGUGAAACAAGGCAGAAUCACUGAGGUUGGGCCUGUAAAGUCUGGAAACGAGUCAGAACGGCCUGAUGCUUUAGAUGGAGGUGCUGUUUGGGACAUCUUCCGGAGAGAUGAUGUUCCUAAGUUGCAGGAGUAUCUCUACAAACACUUCAAAGAAUUUAGGCAUAUCCACUGUUGCCCCUUACAAAGGGUGGUCCACCCCAUUCAUGACCAGACAUUUUUUUUGACUCUAGAACACAAGAGGAAGCUAAAAGAGGAAUAUGGCAUUGAACCAUGGACAUUUGUCCAGAAACUUGGAGACGCUGUCUUCAUUCCUGCAGGCUGUCCUCAUCAAGUGAGAAACUUGAAGUCUUGCAUUAAGGUAGCACUGGACUUUGUCUCACCUGAAAAUGUCGGUGAGUGCAUACGUUUGACAGAGGAAUUCCGUUUGCUUCCUCCAAAUCAUCGGGCCAAGGAGGACAAGUUGGAGAUAAAGAAAAUGUAUCUUCAUGCUACGAGAUGGGCUCUAGAUGUUUUGAUAAAUGAUGGAAAGAUGGAGCAAAUCAUAGAGAGGUAUCAGAAGAUGACUGGAACGCGCAUUCCUGAGCAUGAUAGUCGGGAACAAUUGUAUGGAGAAUUGGCAAUGCUGAGGAAAGAGAUUCGCUGUCUUCAAUCUAACAUGCGUCGCUAUACUGGUGAAGACAUGAGCUCUAUUCCUUUCGAGGAGUUGGCUGAAGUAGAACAAGAACUUGAACGCUCGGUUAACAAGGUCCGAGAUCGCAAGAAUGAGCUGUUGCACCAGCAGCUAGAAAAUCUUCGCAGGAAGGAGCGUAUGUUGGAGGAGGAAAACAGCAAUAUGUACCGCUGGGAGCAUCGUGCUGCGCUGGAUUAUCAGCAGGCAGCAAUAGAAGCAAAGCCAGUGGAGCAUCAGCAAGUCCUGGACCAAUUCCCAUUCUGUGGAGAACCCAGUAGUGUGCUUCAACUUUCAACCAUCACUCACCCAUACCAUCUCCAGCUUGCUCAACCCAGCCUUCAAGAAUCAUAA